UCAAACAGCUGUGGACGUGGAUCAGUAUGUAGCUGUGCCAGUCCAGGGGGAUAUUUAACGUUAAACUCUGCUCUGUCAAACACAAUGGGUGUGUUCAAGUACUCUCCUGCAGACUUCCUCUUCACUUGUGUGGGAUUAGUGUUCCUGCUGGCAGACAUAGUGCUGGAUAUCUGGGCUGUGGUGACUUUCUACCAGGAAAAGGCCUAUGUGUGCCUGGGAAUCCUGGUGGUGUUCCUGGUGGGCUCUUCAGUUCUUGUUCAGGCCUACAGCUGGAUCUGGUACAGCUAUGAGAAAUUUGACAGGAAGACAAAGGUGGAGAGGUCUCCGAGUCUGAGGCUGCUGAAGAUUCUUCACGUUUUCCAGCUGGGAAUCUACUUAAGGCAUUCAGGUGUUUUUGAGAUGUCUGUUUGCAGCUUCCUUUCAAAACAAAAUGACCCUGAGAGCACGGCUGUUUUCCUGAGCCACGACCUCAGCAUGCUCCGGAUCAUCGAGACCUUCUCCGAGAGCUCGCCUCAGCUCGUCCUCAUGCUCACCAUCAUUCUGCAACGGGGGGACCUGGAGCCUGUAACAGUGUUGAAGGCCCUGGGCUCAGCCUCCACCGUCGCCUUCAGCGUGACCAUGUACCACCGCUCCCUGCGCUCCUUCCUGCCCGACAAGAAGAGGCAGAACCUCUUGUCGUCGGUGGUCUACUUCCUCUGGAACCUGUUUCUCAUCUCGUCUCGCCUCACAGCUCUCGCCCUCUUCGCCUCGGUGUUGCCCUGCUUCAUCUUCACCCACUUCAUCUGCUCCUGGAUGGUGUUAUUCUUCUUCGCCUGGCGCUCCAACACUGACUUCAUGGACAGUCCUGGUGGAGAGUGGCUUUACCGGGCCACUGUAGGCCUCAUUUGGUACUUCAACUGGUUUAAUGUGGCCGAAGGGAGGACCAGGUACACCACCCUGCUCUACCACGGGUACAUACUAGUUGACAUUGGCCUCCUCUGUGGGUUGUGGUCCUGGAAAAUGAGGACAGAUCCGCCUUAUCAUGCAUUCCCACAUCUAUAUACUAUUAUAAUCCCUGUUAUUGUCGUUGCAGUGUAUAUUUUUGGCCUGUUAUUUAAAAUGAUAUAUUACAAGGGCUACCAUCCAAAUCUUUCUAAAGACGAGCUCCAAAGCCCUGCAGAGAAGCUCUCUCCGGAUGAACCAGAUGGACCUCCUGCUUUGAUGAGGGCAGCACAUGAAGAAAUUGUCGUCGAAGAUCGCAGCAUUCCCGCCCCACCAGAACUCUGCAAUAAGAGAAUGAGGAAGUUGGCAGCGAACUUCUACUGCUGAUCUGUGUCACUUGACUGAAAAUACUGAAUCAUGUCAUGCAGGGUGCAGUCAUUCUGUGGAACCCUGGUCACAUGUGUGGACGAUAUGUGCAGGAACGAGGACCUGUUCAACCACAUGUACUCAUGAAAAUGACGUCAUCAUUGCUUCUGCUCCCUAAACGGUGCUGCUACUCAUUCAUUCUGAUAAAUGCUGCGAAUAUAAAAAGCCUUAAGCUGUUUUUAUAUCAGACAAGAAGUAUUAUUUAAAGCAGAGUAUUUAUAAGUAGAUUUCUAUCUUGUUAUUAUUACUAUUAUACAGUGGCGUGCACAGACUUUUUGAAGGGCAGGGGCAGAAAGAAAAAAGGGCACAGACAAGGUGUUCUCACCACUGAAAAGGGCACUAAGUUCUGUGUGUUUUUGAGGGCACUUUUACACAUUUAUAUUUACAAAUGACACAUGAUAACAUAUGUCCCAAAAAAAAUUACAGUCAGACUUUCUGCAUUUAUAGCUUUCAAAAUAAUUAAACAAUCUAAAUGCUGUUUCAGGGUGUGAAACUAUAACUUGUUACUUAAAUUUUGCAGAAAACCCAAUUUAAUUUGGUUCAGUAGCCACGGAGAAACGUGGAUCUUUGUGAAACAGGUCAUGGGUUCGUUUCUUCCUAGUUCGGCACUUGCCUCCAUGUGAAUGAAAAUAUUUUGCACACAACUGACAGGGUGUGAGCGUUUAUAUUAUUCUGUUUAAACAAGAACCACUUUUUUUUUUUUAAUUUAUUUUUAAGGGAAGAGUUCAGUGUAAAUAUGUAAAUAAUAUUGUUCAUGAUCAUCUUGAUGAGAAAAGAGAGAAAAAAGAAAGCCAAAAAGGAGGAAGAGCUCAAUCCAGUCUUCCAUGAGAUACUAAUUUAAUAUCUUUCUUUAAUCAUUCAUUGUAAGUAAGUGAGUAAUUUAUUCAUCCAUUUAACAAAACAUGAUAUAAAUAGAUAGAUAGAUAGAUAGAUAGAUAGAUAGAUAGAUAGAUAGAUAGAUAGAUAGAUAGAUAGAUAGAUAGAUAGAUAGAUAGAUAGAUAGAUAGAUAGAUAGAUAGAUAGAUAGAUAGAUAGAUAUACAUACAGUUUGUAUUUCUAUAUUAAAUAUGGGUGAAACGGUAUAGGCAGAGGCAACAGCUUAUUUCUGCCUACCUUAUUUACAAGAAGGAAAGUUGCAGAAACAAAACAAGAUGGUUCCGUUUUAAACAAUAAUAUACAGAUAAACAAAUAAUAUAAUCUAAGCAAAAUCUUAGAUUCAUACUGAUAUUUGGCUUAGUUUAUCCAGAUGCUUUAUACAUAUUGAAUACCUUAGUAUUAAACAUCCUUACCAAUGUUUGCAAAACUCAGAAAUCUGCUUCCUUUUUGAUGAAAUUCAUUAUUCAUUUUGUUAGUUGGAAAUGAAAAGAAACAAGCUGUGACUUUUUCAAAAGAGAUAUUUUUGUGCAAGAACACAAAGAACAACUUCGUACAUGUAAGGUGUGAACACAGUAGACCAGGGGUGUCAAACUCAUUUUAGUUCCGGGGCCACAUUCAGCUAAAUGUGGUUUGAAGUGGGCCGAACCAGUAAAAUAAUAACAUAAUAAUAAACAAAUAAUGUC